AUGUGCGCAUCACGGACGGUACGCAUCCACUGCCCAUGCACUCUUGCCCACUCCUCCCCCCUUCUGUCUGCAUCACGUGGCUACCUCCUCGACCCCUACUGGCUCUCUCGCUCUACCGUCCCAGUGGAGGAGCUUGGCGUGCUGGUGCUAGAGGUGCUGGUGCUGGCGUUACUCGUCCCCGUCGAUAACAGCGAUAGCAGCGGCAGACUGCGACUCUUCACCGCAAGCUCCGUGAGUGGGCUAUCAGGUGGGGCAGUCCCGGUGGAGGAGCUUGGCGUGCUGGUGCUAGAGGUGCUGGUGCUGGCGUUACUCGUCCCCGUCGACAGCAGCGAUAGCAACGGCAGACUGCGACUCUUCACUGCAAGCUUCGUGAGUGGGCUAUCAGGUGGGUUAAUCCUGGUGGAGGAGCUUGGCGUGCUGGUGCUGGAGGUGCUGGUACUGGCGUUACUCGUCCCCGUCAACAGCAGUGGCAGCAGCGGCAGCCUGAGACACACUCGCCGUAGCAGGGUACUAGUGCUGGGGGUGUAG